AUGGAGGAGACUUCAUCACCGCCGCCGCCGCAGCCGCAGCGGCAGGCUCAAACUUUCCGCUCUACAGCCUCGAGCAACUGGCGGCUGAAGGACGAAUCACCGCGGGCCGAACAACAGCACCAGACGCGUGCCCGGUACAACAGGGGCCAAGAUGGUGGUGGUAAUCCUCAGAAUGGCCACGCUUCGCCGCAUUCGCGCAACAGGGACGUGCAUCAGACGAGCAGCGAAGAAGGAACGCCGGGCACGAGGCUCUACGUGGGCAAUCUGCUCUACACCGCCCAGCGGCCCGACAUCGAGGAGCUCUUCAAAAACUAUGGGUUCAAUGUUGUCGGCGUAAGCAUGUCGACCGACCCCUUCACGGGCCGGAACCCCAGCUACUGCUUUGUGGAUCUGGACAGUGCCGAGGAGGCGCAGCGCGCCAUGAGCGAGCUGAACGGCGUCGAGGUGCUUGGCCGAGCCCUUCGAGUCAGCCCCGGUGUCGCGAAGCGCCACGGUCAAGCGGGCGGAGGCGGAGGCGGAAAUGAAAUGCGAAUGAAAGACUAUGAGAGGGGCCAAGGGCGGCCAAGAGGGGUUCGCGAGACGAGGGAACAGAAAGAUGGAGAAUACAACCCGACCUUCGACCGCUGGAACCGUGGCGACGCGCAGACGCACUGGACGGCACCCCAGUCCGAGGGUCGACGGCUGUACAUUGGCAACAUGCCUCGCAUCGAACCACAGUCCGCGCAUGACCAAGAGAUCCAGGGGCUCUUCGCGCAGUACGCGCCCGGCAUUGCUCUGGGCGCUGUCUCCAAGCAGAUCUCGCCGCGGCCUGCACCCAAUCCCGAGCACGGGAACAACCAAUACUAUUGCUUCGUCGACUUGGAGAAAGGCGAAGAUGUCGACGCGGCGAUCGAAGCGUUGGAUGGGAAGCAAGGCAGCUGGGGCGGCAACGUCAGGGUCAACCGUGCCCGGAAUUCCGACAGGAAGGUCGUCAAGGAGCAAGGCUCGCUCAACCAGGAAAGAAGGGUUCUGGGCGAGGGAAGCUGGAGGAGGGCGAGCGCACCCACGGAGGAACAAUAG